AUGGCUGAGUGGGUGACUAAUAAUAAACUGCAGGCUGAGCAGUUAGAAAUUCUCCAGAAAUACUCUGAGGAUCAGGUGCAGCAUCAGGUGCAGCAUCAGGUGCAGCAUCAGGUGCAGCAGCAGGUGCAGCAUCAGGUACAGCAUCAGGUGCAGCAUCAGGUGCAGCAUCAGGUGCAGCACCAGGUACAGCAGCAGGUACAGCAUCAGGUGCAGCAGCAGGUGCAGCAUCAGGUGCAGCAUCAGGUGCAGCAGCAGGUGCAGCAUCAGGUGCAGCAUCAGGUGCAGGGGGGGGAGAAUUCGUCUACGGAUGGAGGGGGGGAGUUGGACUUCUUUUUGGAGGGAGGCAUCUCUGCUCCUCAAAGUUCGUCUCUGCUCCUCAAAGUUCGCCUCUGCUCCUCAAAGUUCGCCUCUGCUCCUCAAAGUUCGUCUCUGCUCCUCAAAGUUCGUCUCUGCUCCUCAAAGUUCGCAUCUGCUCCUCAAAGUUCGUCUCUGCUCGCUCCUCAAAGUUCGUCUCUGCUCCUCAAAGUUCGCAUCUGCUCCUCAAAGUUCGUCUCUGCUCCUCAAAGUUCGUCUCUGCUCCUCAAAGUUCGUCUCUGCUCCUCAAAGUUCGUCUCUGCUUCAUCGUAG